CCUUGCGCUUCCUGCUUUCGUCACAGAAACCUAAUGCCGAGGUGAAACAGACGUAGAGUUGGGAUAGGGCACCACAGCCAUAGCGUGGAUAUACAUCGUUGCAAUUUCGUAUAUAUAUAUAUAUUUAUAUAUAUAAUCCUUCAAAAAUAUCCCAUCUCGUCCUGUGGAAGUCCGCCCCCGCCAGCAUGCCGAACAUAUUCAAACAACAGCUUAUCGAUACGCCCCGAGAGGCGCUUAACUGGAAACUAGGGAUGGGCGUCCUGUGCUUCGGCAUCAUGGGUGCCAGUCGAGGCAUCGACGAAGGGCUUAUUUCGGGCACGGUGCAGCAGAAAUCAUUUAUUGCUGAAUAUCAUCUGGAUGAUCCUGCUAUGAGCGCCGGAGCUAGGGCCAGUAGAUUGGGAAAUAUAACAGGGAUGGUUCAGAUCGGGAGCAUCGCGGGCGCAUUGCUAGCGUUCAUCGUGACAGAUCGUAUCGGGAGGAUCUGGGCGACGAGACAGCUGUGUGCAAUAUGGGUGGCGGGCAUCGUGAUAUUCAUUACGGCACAUGGGCGGAUCGGACAAGUUUACGCUGGCCGGUUCAUCGCCGGCAUUGGGGUCGGGCAAACUACCGUUGUGGCUCCUACGUAUUUAGCGGAGAUUUCUCCGCGAGCAAUACGCGGCCUUUGUAUGUGUGCGUUUUCUGGAUCAGUGUAUCUCGGUAUCAUGCUGAGCUAUUUUGCGAGCUGGGGGAGCUCGAUACAUAUUAGCAACGCCUCAGCAAAGCAAUGGAUUGUACCAACGACGCUUCAUUUCAUAUUUGCCGGAAUCAUCUUCAUCCUUUCAUUUACAGUUUAUGAAUCACCUAGGCACUUGGUCAAGGCCGGUAAACAGGAGCAGGCGCUGGAGACAAUGUCAACCCUGCGCAAUCUUACACCAGAUCAUCCAUACGUUCAAACGGAGAUGAUGGACAUCCAGGAUCAGCUUGAACGGGAGCGCGAGGCUACCAUGGGGUCCCAUUUCUUCGGGCCACUCAAGGAACUGUUUACAUUGCCUUCCAACCGGUACCGUAUUAUGAUCGGACUCAUGUCGCAAUUGCUCAGUCAGUGGUCGGGAGCCAAUAGCAUAACCAUCUAUGCACCCCAGUUCUUCGCGAUAUUGGGCACAACGGGACAAUCGGAGAAGCUUUUUGCAACAGCAAUUUUCGGCGUUGUGAAAUUAAUAUCCUCUCUCGUCUGUGCGCUCUUCCUGGUCGAUUUCUUGGGUCGCAAACGUGCUCUGGGAUACGGGAUCACGCUCCAAUUUCUGAGCAUGCUAUACGUGGCUAUCUAUCUGGCAGUGGUCCCGUCGAUUCAAGAUGGAUUUAAACCGGAGGGACACUCGAAGCGUGCUGGGACAGCCGCAAUAGUGUCCAUCUAUGUGUCUGGGGUCGGCUGGGCACUUGGCUGGAACAGCAUCCAGUAUCUCAUAAAUGCAGAAAUUUUCCCCCUUCGAGUCCGAGCGUUGGCUACAUCGAUGGUGAUGUGCUUCCAUUUCGCCAAUCAAUAUGGCAAUUCAAAAGCGGUCCCAACAAUGCUGCUUGACACAGCCAUGAGGCCUCAUGGCACAUUCUUCUUCUUUGCGGCCGUCACGCUCAUCGGACUCGCAUGGAUGUGGUUUUUCCUACCUGAAACGGCUGGAAAAUCACUGGAGGCGAUGGAUGAGAUGUUCAGUUUGCCGUGGUAUAUCAUUGGGAGGAAAGGGGCGAAAAUCACAGCGGGAAGUGGGCAUGCUGAAGGAUAUAGCGCGGGAGAUGCGGAAAAGGUGCCUGUCCCGGUCUCAAGGGAGCGCAGUAAGUCUGCUCUCCCCAAUUAAUUAAAGAGAGACGAAGGGGGGAAUAGGUAGGGUAUUUUUUAUUUUUAUUUUUAUUUGUGUGUGUGUGCGUGUGUGAUAUUGUUGAGUCAUGCCGUUAAUGCGGAUACUGGGCAAGGUCCUCAUAUGUUCAAAAGGCCUCACUACGUGAAUCAAGUUUCCAUCAAGGGCAAGGUGGCUGAGAAGGCCCAUAAAAAGGAAAGAAAAGAAAAAGAAAAAAGGAAAGGAAAAAAAUAGAACACCUUGUAAGACAGUGAAAUCCCAGAGCUGAGAUCUGAUAGCCAGCGACACGGCAAUGCACGGGGUUCGUACUUAAUUAAAAAAGGGCAUCAGAAAUGAGUCCUGUGCAGUCUGAGAAUGUUGGAUAUAUUUGUGUUGGCCGUGAAAAUAGUUUUCCACUGAUCCAACCCCGAAUGAGUCAUGUAGUGUAGUUGGAUAGAUUACGAUUCGUGGUGGGAUGAAGGCGCCAUCUCAAAAAUAACAACAUGAAAAAUUUGUACAGUGGGGGGAAAUAAUUAUACGUACAGAUGCUGAGUUCCAGGGGCAUUUUCAUCACUUAACUACUUGGUCAUAGCAGCAUCC